AUGCAAGAUUAUGUUGAAAAGAAAGCCGUAAUAGCCUUGACAUCUCGUCUACACGAUGCAGGUCAGAUCAGUAAGGUAAGGUCCGGUCAGGUCAGAUCAGAUCAGGUAUGCAGAUUUCCCCUCCGCCAAUUCAAUGUCAUUCACGUGUCUUGUACCCGAUUCGUUAUCGUUGUUGGUCAAUUGCAUAAUGAAAGUUCUUAUCGUCUAAGCACUGUUUUGUUGGGUAAUUUCUCGACUUUUAAAUCAGACUACUUUCAUGAAUUCGGCCACGAGGUAGUUUUGAAACCUCUGCACAUCGAUCACGACGCUGUGAUGAGGAGGUCGGUUUGUCGAACACAAAUUGCGCAAGCUAUACAUAAUCAAUCUCGUCGUACUCUUGUACAUAGUUCUCCCAGAUGGCACCCUGAAUUGGCAUAUUCCACAUCUGCGGAUGUCGAAUUACCGCCAUUUCGGAAAGAAACCCGUCCUUUCAAAUUCGAAACUGGACUUGCACUCUUUGCCAAACGAAAACCACGACCCUUUCCUCCUCCAUUUCUAUCCCCGCCGUCCGGAUCCUUCUCGGAUCCCUUGAGUACACACCACAGGAGUCGCGAUAGGAGACCUUCGGUGAACGGUGAGGUAAUUAGAGGUUAUACCAAUGGUGAUGAUGCGGUCUACUCUAGUGAUUACUUUAUUGGCGCAAAUGAUGGUGUUGGCGCCUGGUCAACCAGAGAAGGCGGCCAUGCAGGCAGUUUGUGGUCGAGACUAGUAUUACAUUUUUGGGCUUUGGAAGUAGAAAACGAUGCACGGAGAUCUCGACCAGCAGGGCAAUACUUUGAGCCGAAUCCUAUUGAUUAUCUACAAAAAGCAUACGAGCAAACUAUUCAAGCUACUGCGAGUCCGAACAAAUGGCAGGGCACAACUACAGCUACCGGAGCACAAUUGCAUUAUAAAAUCGAUCAUUCAGACCCUAAUGCGCCCGCUACUCCCCUCUUAUAUGUUACCAACAUUGGCGAUUCACAAGUACUAGUCAUAAGACCGAAACAGCAGGAACGUAUAUUCAAAACUACAGAGCAAUGGCAUUGGUUUGACUGUCCUCGGCAACUCGGUACAAAUAGUCCUGAUACACCCGUCAAUAAUGCUGUCAUGGAUAAGGUUGAGAUUGAGGAGGACGAUGUCGUUCUUGCCAUGUCUGAUGGCGUUAUUGACAAUCUAUGGGAGCAUGAAAUAAUUGAAAGUGUCGUAAGCAGUAUCCGCAAGUGGGAGCAAGGUGAGGGUGGUAUAAGUACUAGUGAUCGACAAGGUGGAGCUGGUGGUGGAAUGAGGUUUGUAGCGGAUGAACUCAUGAAAGCCGCGAAAGUAAUAGCACAGGAUCCCUUCGCGGAGAGCCCCUUCAUGGAGCAUGCGGUCGAGGAAGGUCUUGCUAUGGAAGGAGAUGAUAUAAGUGUAGUUGCAGCGUUGUGUAAACGCAGCAACGAGUGA